GCAGUAUGGCUGUCCCUGCAGCAGUGUGCCUGUCCCUUCACUCAGCCCCCAGGAGCUGCUCUGAGUUCGGGCUCCCACCACACCCACAGAUAAGGAGCUGCUCCCCGCUCACUCCUCCGGGCCCUUUUAUCUCCCUGCCGGCCCCCACAGCUCGUUUGUCGCCGCUGUGAGGGCACGGGGACAUUUGCAGGGAAGAGGAGCUGUGGCUGUGCCGUGCUCCAUGCAGCCGGGCCACCACCAUGCCCUCCCGCUACCGGAGCUUCCGCUGCAGCGUGCCCUGGCUCCUCCUCGCGCUGCAGGCUCUGUUCCUCGGCCGGGCUUUGUUUGCCUUCCCUGACACUCAUGUCAGAUACUUACCCCAGAUGUACCCAGCGUUUCAAGAUGUCAACCACAUGGUGAUUUUUGGAUUUGGCUUCUUCCUGAUGGUUCUGAGAAGAUAUGGCUUCAGCAGCACUGGAUUCAACCUCUUGCUCAUUGUUCUUGGUGUCCAGUGCUCUGUGCUGGUAGAAGAUUUAUUAAAUCUCCUUGAGAAUCAUCCCAGUAGAUUUGGUUUGGAAAGUCUGGCAAGGGCUUUGAUGAGCAUGACUGCUGUGGUCAUCUCCACUGGGGCUGUGCUGGGGAAAGCCAAUCCUGUGCAGUUAAUUGUCAUGAGCCUGGUGGAAUUAAUCAUCUUCCAUUUGAGCAGAUGCAUCAACAGAAAAUUCCUGCAGGUCCCAGAGAGCCCCAGCCUGAUGCACGUGCACCUCUUUGGAGCCUACUUUGGUCUGGCAGUGACCUCCUGCUUCCCUGAGCCUCCCCCAGGGCUGGACAAGAACAGGAGCACCCCCAAGUCAGAGCUGUUCUCAGUGCUGGGCACUGUGUUUGUCUGGGUGUUCUGGCCAAGCUUCAGUUCCAUACUGGCUGAGAACAAUGAAGUGCACUGGAAUGCAGUGUUCAACACCUACCUGGCCCUUGCUGUGAGUGCUGUGGCUGCCUUCAUGCUGUCUGCUCUGACCUCCAAGGAUGGCAAAUUCAGGAUGGCUCACAUCCACAGUGCAGUCCUGGCUGGAGGGGUCACCCUGAGCUGCACAGCAGGAAUCAUCCAGCACCCCUGGAUUGCCAUGAUCCUGGGGCUGCUUGGCAGUGUCAUCUCCAUCCUGGGCUCUCACUGCCUGCAGAGGUGCUUCAAUCCUCCUUUGAAGCUUCAGGAUACUUGUGGAGUUCAUUUCACCUUUGGUUUGCCUGCUGUGCUUGGAGCUGUGGCUGCUGUUCUUCUAAAGAUAUUUCAACAAGAGAUGGUUCCAGAACAGAGUCUGGGUUAUUUGGCCUUUGUGGAAGUUGGUGCCUUCUGCCAGACCAUCAGCACUGCCUUCAUAACAGGUUUGAUUACAGGUUUAAUCUUAAACAUCAAACUGCUCAAAGCUGUGCAUGUCUCCAAGUACUUUGAUGAUCAGUUUUUUUGGGAGUUCCCCCACUUGUCUGUUGGAUUUUGAGUGGAGGAUCCCAGCUGACACACAGGAGCAAGAUCAGAUUUUCCUCUUUACCACCAGGAAAACUGAGCAGCUGUGGUGGCUUCAGAGCACUGAAACCCCAAUUCUCAGGCCCACAAAAGCCACCCCAAUGGACACUCAAAACCAAAACUGUUCCAGUUAUUCUUGAGAGAUCCAGAGUGUGAAUCCACAGCUGCAAACUUCAGAUGCAUUCAGCUUUUCUGCUUUGUUGCCCUUGCCUUAAAUAUUUCCUGUAAGAUAUGUACAAAAAAGCUGCCUGCAUUCAUGGCUGAUCAAUCCCAAUGCUUGGAAACAUUCAACUAUUUUUAGCUCCUGACUUUAAAGGCAAAAGGGUGGAUUUGGAAAGUGUCAUUUCUCAAGGAGCACUUCUCAUCCAGCACAGCACUCAAGUUUUUAAGCUGAAUUGAUUCUGCUGAAGGCCCUGACAAGCCAGGAUUUGCUGAGUGGAGCUGGAGCAGGGCCAGAACUCUGCAUCCUGCCAGGCUGGAAAAAAUCUGGCAUUGCUUGGCUGGGGCUGGAUGUGUUGGGAGGUUCUGAUGGCAAAAAAAACCCCAAGAAGUUCAGUUGUGGAUGGUGCUUCUGAAAGCCCUGGGGGCUGCCAAGUAAAAAAUCUCAGAGUCUGGGAGGGGAGAGCCUGGCCCAGCACAGGGGGAAGGAGCCUCAGUGCAGUUUUGGAUUCUCCAGCAGUGACCCCUGGUUUUUAAUUGGAUUUCCAUCCUCAGUGCUCCUUACUUUCAACAAUAAUGAACACAGCAAAUCUUCCAGCAGUGCUUCCCUAAUAAAGGAGUGAAAACCUGGCUGUUUUUCUUUCCUUCAGCACCCUUGUGAGGAAUGGAUGAGUGAGGGAGCUCCAGGCUGAGGCUGCCUGGCCUCAUUCCCUGCCUGGGCUGAGCAGAGGAGGAAUGCAGGCGUGCAAGGAAGGGCCAGUUCUUGUUCCCAAAGUUCCAACAGCUCCCAAACCUCCUGCACACAACUGUGAGUUGUUCCUUCCUCUUUAGCACCACAGGGUAAAUUAAAUAUUCAAGGGAUGGGGGGAAAAAAAAAUCCUAAAUCACCAAGAAUGACACAAGAAAAGCCACACACCAAGUUUUGAAAUUGAAGAAAUGGUUAUAUUGGCCAGAGAUAGGAAAUAGUUAAUAAAUAUCUGUUAAAAGGUUAUUUUAAUGCAGUUUUAGUAAGUGUUGGAUUGUAAAUAACAUCAUAGAAACAGCUGGUUAAAUACAUCCAUAUCCCACUCUCCUUUUAUUUGUAACAAACAUCCUCUUAGAAAAGUGACCCCACAUUUGUUUGCAGCAAUUUGACAUUUCUCAAAAACACCACAACACUGAUGUGGACGUACAAGAGUAAAAAAAAUAACCAGAAUAGAGCUGGAUUUAGUGCCUUCAGCUUUCCUUGAUUCCAGACACGAUGGAAGGUUUUACAAAAUGGUUUUACAAAACUCUGGGGGUGCAGGUGAAGCCUCCAGGGGGGUUCACUGCCACAAAUCCUCUGUGCGACCAAACUUGAACACCAGGCCCC